ACGUUAGCUUGUCGGGCAAGUUCCGUGGCUAGAUAUAUUGGACAUUUGAACAGUUUGAAACGGACAUGCGUUUCCAUGUAGUUGGGUAAAGUGACAUACUAGCCUAGCGAUUCAAUGCAGCAACCGUUUCAAUGCAGCUAGUCAAGUUAGCGUGCUUGUAAAUAGCUAGUAUGCUAACCGUAACUAACUAUGCGCGUUCCAACUAGGUAGCUAGCUAGUGACGUUACUAGCGCAUUAAUCCGUUUACAAGGUAGCUAAUGUGAACCAUUCAGAAAGGUCCAGACUCCACUGAACUCCUGGCUGUGGGAGAGGUAUGGAUCAUGGCUGGAGUUGAGACUCAACUUAUGCUGAGUGUUGGCUUAAUUGAAAGGGAUGUGAACCGCGACGUUCUGUGGGUGUGGUGUUACCCCUCCGUCAGCGGGGAACUCCGCGGCAUCCUACUCAGGAAGUGUUGCCUGACGCUGGAUGGGUGUGUCCUGCACACCUUCGUCUUCGGCCAGUUCAGCCGCACCUGGUACUACAUCACCACUGUGGAGGUGCAGGAGCCCACUGCCCUGAGGAAGGUGACACACUUUUCAAUAGUAAUUACUGCAAAGGAUUUCAACCCUGAGAAGUAUGCAGCAUUCAGUAGAGUCCUGUGCAGGAUGUACUCCAAACAUGGCAGUCCGGUGAGGAUGAUGGAGGGCUACAUCGCCGUCCUGACCAAGGGUGUGUGUCAGAGCGACGAGAACGGAUCCUUCCUCAUCAAGGACCACGACGCCCGAAAGGCCUACUUAGCCGGCUCCAUCAAAGAUGUGGUUUCCCAGUUUGGCAUGGAGAGCAUCAUACUCUACACAGCCCUAAUGCUGAAGAAGAGGGUUGUGGUUCACCACCCCCGAGUCGAGGCCCUGCUGGAGUUCACCAGAGUUCUCCCAGCACUGACAUGGCAUAGGAAGGACUGGUCUAUUCUGCAUCCCUUCGUCCAUCUGAAUGACACGGAACUGGACUCGCUUCGCUUGUGCACAGGAUAUGUUGCUGGAUUUGUUGAUCCAGAAAUAAGUAACAGACCUGACCUUUUCGAUGUGUACGUCAACCUUCCCGACAGUGAAAUCACCAUUUCCCCGAACGCAAAAGAGGCCAUGACGAUGGGGAAACUGCACAAAGACAUCGGGCUCCUCAUCGUGGAGUCGGCCGAACACGCGGACAGGACCGACAGCCAGGUCAUAAAGGAUAUUUCUGUGAAAACAAAGGAGAUUUUGACCAACUUAAGAUCUCUAGCGGAGGAAUGCCAGGAUUCCAAAAUCACCUUGGAGACCUUACAGCAGCGGCGCCUCCCCUCGGCGACGGAGAACUUCCUGUUUCACCUGGCGGCUGCCGAGCAGCUGCUCAAGAUCUGAGCGGGAUGUCCUCAUCUCUAACGUACCACUCGUGCCAGAACACAGUUAGCUCCGCCCUUAAUGUUAGGCCACACCUCCACAAACAGGUGAAUUUAGGCCUGUGAUUGGACUGUCGUUAAUACUGGAACGUCCUGUCUGGUGCUGGUGUAGACACCACCACAAGGCCAGUUCAAUCCUGUUUUAUGAUGACGUAAAGUUAGUAGAAUGGUUUCAUGGUCAUAUGACAGAUUCAUAUUAGACUGUAUUAGUGACAUACUUUAAGGAUACAGUAUGUGACCACAGUUAAAUUACCACGUUUAUGAAGUCACCUGAUAUUGGCCAUUAGGUGUCAAUUAUUAAGAUUAAGCAGACCUGAUUUACAUUUACAGUCGCAUUGGCUAUGCUGCUAAACAUGAAACCAGCAACAGUUACUAUUUUACUUAUGUUUUAUUUUUUUUUCUGGUGUAAAAUAUUAAAAUGAUUACUGUUAAUUAUAUCAUAUUCUGUUACUAAUGAUGGUAUACACAUUAAUGGAAUAUGCAGAAGCAAUGCCCCUGAUUUCAACUGAUUUCAGUCAUUUUUUACCCCGCUUUCAAACUCCAAUCAGGCAGAAUCUUGAGUACCAUAGAAGGUAGGUCCCUAUGACCGGCUUCUGUUCCUGCUGAUCGCAUCUUUACUGAAUUAUGUGCCUGCUCAAUCUCCACACCCACCCGCACCACCCCGCCCCAACACGUGCACCACCCCGUCCCAACACCGUACGACCCUGUCCCAAUGCCCCUACCACCCCUUCCCAACACUUGCGUUGUUAAUCGGCACUUAAUUGAUCAUUUUAAGCAAAUGAUUGCACUCAUUAUACAUUUCUUUAUUAUUAUUUUUUUUAAGCAAAGUUGCUGCGUUUAAGGUCCAUUCAUCUUACGGCUCUCUUGUGGCACAAGCAAUAAAUAAGAGUUUGAAUCGUCAAAGCACAGACCUAUUAUGGCUGAUUCAGUCUUGCGUUAUUUUUCUAAAUGUGACAUGGGAGCAAAAAAGAAGAUUAUUGUGUCAGUCAAGUCAGGUCAGCAGGAAGCUGAUUUUCUUCAGGUUUUAUUUUCAUUUCUCUUUUUUUUUUGUUAUUUCAAUUUGUGCAGUUUGGUCCAACUGAGGGAGUGUUGGAAGUCUGUCUUAAAUUACACAUCUUCAUCAGAGGGGGCGUCUCUAUUUUCAAGUUCUUUCAAAGUAAAUAUUACCUGUUCGGGGAAAAAUGAAUUGGAACUGAUUGUUCUCAGCAAUUUGUGUGCAUUUAGUCCCUGGGACCACGUUUGACUAAUACAUUCCUGUGUGUGUAGUGCGAAGUGUAGUCCGUUCUGUCAGUCCUGUGGAGGUUAGCAGUCUCUUCAGUUUGCAGGGCCCUGCCAUAAACCCCCCCCCCCCCCCCCCCACCAAAAUCACUAUUUAAAUCACUUUAAUAGUCCUACAACUCGCUAGCUGAGAUGAUGAAGCUUCAGCUGUCAGCUCUGAUGUAAUUUCAUCAGUUUACAUCGGGUGGUGUUGAUCUACUAAACCAGCUUUAUUCAGGCUUAUUUCAUUCUCAUUGUAUCGAUGUGAUAUGUGCGUGAUGGAAGGCAAUGUGUUACUGCUUCAGUAUUCCUGUGGUUAGUUUUUAUUUUACCUCUCAACCCGUGACGUCUCGGUAUGGUUACAGAGGACUUCACAGAUGCAAAGGUGAUGAACGCUCUUUUGUGUAGCCUUUGUGAAAAGUCUGCACAGGUGCUUCUAACUUGAAAGCAUUUCUAAGACAUGUAUGGCAGUUAUUACCUGUGUUUGAAUUCAUGGACGUUUUUGUAAUUCUGUCUGUGGGAGUGUAGGGUGUGUAUUCAGAUCUCCAUAAAAAGACACUUGACCACCUGUGUCACUCAAACACUCAAAGCCGCAGGGUAUUGUCUGUUUCCAGUACACUUCUUUCAGCAUGGCCAGGGUCUCUGGUGGCUUCUUCUCCAGUUCAGCCAUGAACCUGAUGCUCGUCCUUUGCUCCAGACUCAUGGUGUUAGAGUGCACUUCAGAAGAGUUAGAAACCCCCCUGUAAAAACAAGAAUAAUCAGUUAAAAGAACUGAGACUGGGCUUAUAUACUCUCACUGAACACUUUAUUAGGAACAAACUAUGUUGAGCGUUGAGCUGACCAGCUGUUUCAAAACCUAGCUUGAGCAAUGUUUUAGGUUAUAGGGCACACCCAAUCAGGAGUUUUAUGUAUGUAUGUGCCCUCUGAGCUGCUUGCAAGAAGUACUAUAGAGUGAAAAUAGGUAUCCAAUAUUUAAGUGUCAUGAUUCCAAGCAUUUAUAAUCUGAAGACUGCAGUAUAAAUGAUAUAUAAAAAGAGCUUGUGUGGAGGAGCAGGAAGUGACCACAAAAAAUGUUUUCAGAGUAAAGAAAUGGGCCUGCUCUCAAAACAAAUAUGUGGUGUAGUCCUCUCCAAACUGGCACAUUCCAGCUUUGACUGAAAUCUGCGAUGUGUUUUUUCCUGUUGUUGCCUACAGAUUCUUUUCUUUCAUCAGCUGUUUCCCAUUGGUCAGAUGCCACUAACUUCAUUAAAGAGAAACUUUCACGGAAAAUAAAUAGUCUGUUCACAUAUCUGAGUGAGAUUUUAUGUUCGCUGUCCAUGUAUGUGCAAUACUGUUUGUUCAUUGCCUCUGAAUUAAAUCACAAGAUGAA